UCAAAGAUAUAGUGAGGAGAGGGAGCUUAGGUCAUGAUCCUGGUUUCACUUUAAUUUCCUACCAUGGUCAUGAUCCUUCAUCUCAUUCCCCCCCCCCCCUUUUUUUUUUGAUUAAUUAAUUUCUUCAUCUUGUCAUACAUCAAUCAAUAAACACAAAGGAAUAAUGGCUUUCAAGUGUUGUGUUGAACAAAAGAUGGGGAAAUUUGCAUUCUUCCUCAUAUAUGCUCUUCUUGAAUGGGUGAUGAUCCUCUUGCUUUUCAUUGAGGGGUUUCUUGCUUUUUUCUCUAAUGAAUAUGCCAAGUUGUUUGACUUGAAAAUCCCUUGUUUGCUUUGCACGAGGAUCGAUCACAUUCUCGUUCAUAGGGAUGCAAGCUUUUAUUACAAUGAUUCUAUAUGUGAAGUUCACAAGAAGGAUAUAUCUUCCCUUGCUUAUUGCCAUGUUCACAAGAAACUCUCUGAUAUAAAGAACAUGUGUGAGGGAUGCCUUCUAUCAUUUGCGACAGAGAAAGAUGCUGAUUGUGAUAGGUACAAGUCACUAGUUGGGAUUCUGCACAAGGAUAUUGAUUGCUUUGUGAAGGAUGCACUUCACACGAAGAAGGAAGAUAAUGAGGUUAUGCUCCAAACAACAACUUCUUUUGUUUGGUGUUCUUGUUGUGGGGAGCCUCUCAAAAUGAGAUCAAAGUCAAAUCCUUCUUCUCAAGCUCCUUGGAGAAAUGAGGACUACACACAGCUCAAGUUCAUCUCCGAUAAUGAUUUGGAUGAUGGAGGUAGAGAGGAUAAUAUUAAAGGUGCUUCAGAGGAAAUAAAUGAUAAUGCCUUGAAAACUGCAAAUUUUACAAGAAAUAUGUUCUUUGGUAUACCAUUGUCAGAUUCAUGUCAAGCUAGUCCAAGAUGGUCACACAGGCCUAGAAAAUUGAGUAUGGAAUUAAUUUCAGAGAGUAAUGAUGUAGUGAAUGAAUCAGAUAAUGACAUCCUACAUCGGUUGAAGAGGCAAGUCCAUUUGGACCACAAGUCUGUCAUUGCACUUUACAUGGAACUUGAUGAGGAAAGAAGUGCGGCUGCUGUUGCAGCAAAUAAUGCGAUGGCCAUGAUCACUCGCUUGCAAGCAGAAAAGGCAGCUGUCCAAAUGGAGGCAUUACAGUAUCAGAGAAUGAUGGAGGAGCAGGCAGAAUACGAUCAAGAGGCUUUGCAAGUGAUGAAAGAUUUGCUUUUGAAAAGAGAAGAAGACAUAAAGGUGAUGGAAGUUGUUGUUGAGACAUAUAGGGAAAGAUAUGGAGAUAUGAAAGGAGUAGGAAGUGAGGUGUGUGAAGUUGGUGAAUAUCAAGAGUGGAAUUCUUAUUCUUUUUCAUCCCUUAGUGAAAGAUCAACUUGUGUCAGUCCUGAUGAAGGAGACCAACAUAGAUUAGGCCCUUUCGAACCACAUCUUGACUUUGAGCAUGAGAGAUGUUACCUCAUGGGUUUAUUGACCAAGCUUGAAGACAAAAUUACAACAUCUAAGGAUGGAUUUUAUGAAUCUGAAGGAAAAGGAAGUGAAAAUAAGGCCAUUCUUAGAACAGAAGUUUCAGUAAUUAGAGAGAGGUUGAGUGCCAUCGAAGCAGAGAGCAUGUUUUUAAAACAUGCUACUAUGACAUUACAGAGGGACGAUGAAGGAAUCAAACUCUUGACAGAGAUAGCUCAACAUCUACGGAGGCUUAGGCAAUCAAAGGAUGGAAGCGCAUGAGAUCAGUUUUCACCAAAUAUGGAUGUGCUGUUGUUCUCGUAGAAGGAAGUUCCAAACCUUUGACAUAUUAUGGCCUUGAGGUCUUGUGAUCUCUUGCAGAUGAGCCAGGCAAGGAACCAGGCAACUUUUGGUAUAAUGGAGCAAGCUUUCGCACAAUUAACUAAAUACUAUAUACUAAUUGAGUUGGACACAAGGCAAAUGAAGUCAUUGUAUGUAUAUAUUUAACCAUGUGCUCAUGGUUACUUAUAUCCUCCUCCUAGUUUCCAAUUGAUGUUCAUUUUUGACAAGUUGUUUCAUCUAUAUAUAUAAUGAGAGGAUUUACAUUAA